UGUUCUUGAAUUAGUAGGCAAUUUUAAACAAAUCCAUUUUGCAAAUUCCAGCUAACAUCUAACUGCUUCAAGGUCAAACUUGAAUGCAAUUAUUCAAUUGACUCUAUGCUAGCUCCUUUUAAAAAAAAUUCUAUUAACUUGAUCUUUCCAUGGAAGAAACUUUAUUACACCAUUACACUUCACAUUUUAUUGAGAAAAUGUUGAAAACAAAACUUCACUUUCCAUGUUAACUUGUGAUCAUAAAAACUUCAUUCUUCAAAACCCAUCAAUGGAUGAACACAUGGUCAAGUCCAAAACUUCUCUCUUAGCUCUCUUUAAAUCAUCACCAUCCUCUUCAUCAUCAUCUUAUUCAUCUUCCUAUUCUUAUUCUCAUUCUUCUUCUUCUUCUUGCACCGUUGAAAAUGACAUUGAUUCAUUUUAUCCGGUUCAAACCGGGUCCAAGGGUUUGCAUGAAGCUGAAAAAUGCGGACACGUGGCAGAAAAUGAAGCACUUGAAGUGAUGGGAUUGAAAUUCAUCAAUGAUAUUGUUGGUGAUCAAGGUGGAAUAAUGGAGUGGAAGGAUGUAGAAAACCGGUUCAACCAAGUAGCUUGGACCGGGAAUGGUCCUGAACCUGUCGUGUCAUGGUCCCAAUUUGGCUUUUGCAUUGGGAUAGGGAUGCAAUCAUCACCAGAGUUGGCCAGAGAAUUGUUAAGGGCACUACGGGGAUGCAUGCAAUGGAAAUCAGAUAUCACAAAAACUGAUUUGCACAAUUUUUGGUUACGGAUGAAUGAUGAUUCUUUUAACUCAAGAAUGCGAUUGUUCUUUGACAUGUGUAACAGAAACAUGGACGGAAGAAUUACCGAGACAGAUAUAAAGCAGACAAUAUUAUUAACCGCUUCCAUAAAUAAGCUAUCGGUGACACGUGAUGAAGCAGAAGACUAUGCAGCCUUGAUAAUGGAAUCUGUGGACAACAAAAACAAAGGCUACAUUGAGAUAUCUGAAAUGGAGACUCUAUUCAAAGAAAGUUUAUUAAAAGCAUAUUCUCCAAUGAAAUUACAAGGAAGCACAAAUCAGGAUUGUGAAGAACAAGAACAAGAACCAAUGUCAAAAGUGGAAGUGUUGUUUAGGACAUACUGGCGACGUAGUUGGGUUGUUGUGUUAUGGUUGGUUGGUUGCUUUGGUUUGUUUGGUUGGAAAUUUGAUCAGUAUAGUAAAAGAUCAGGAUUUGAAGUAAUGGGUUAUUGUCUUCCAACAGCUAAAGGUGCAGCUGAGACAUUGAAACUCAACAUGGCUCUUAUUCUUCUUCCUGUUUGUAGAAAUACAAUCACUUGGCUUCGCAAUGAUCCCCGUCUUAACUAUGUCAUUCCUUUUAAUGACAACAUUAACUUUCAUAAGCUUAUUGCUGGAGGAAUAGUGGUGGGUGUGAUAUUGCAUGGAGGGACACACCUUACAUGUGAUUUCCCAAGAAUCAGUGAUUCAGACAAAUCAAUUUUUCGACAAACAAUAGCCGCAGGAUUUGGCUACCACCAACCUACCUACAUGGAAAUUUUGGCCACAACAGAAGUUGCAAGUGGGAUUGGCAUGGUGCUGAUAAUGGCCAUUGCAUUUUCACUUGCAACAAAGUGGCCAAGGCGUCGUUCACCUGUGUUGCCCUUGUCCAUCAGAAGGGUCACCGGAUACAACACCUUUUGGUAUUCUCACCACUUGUUUGUCAUUGUCUACGUAUUGCUCAUUGUUCACUCCAUGUUCUUGUUCCUAGCCGACAAGUGGAUCGAGAAAACGACAUGGAUGUACAUUGCUUUUCCAGUUUUAUUGUAUGCUGGAGAGAGGAUCUUUCGAGCCAUUAGAUCAGGAUCUUAUGAAGUUGAUGUUAUGAAGGCAAGUCUCUAUCCAGGAAAAGUUCUGUACCUCAAAAUGCAAAAACCAGACGGUUUUAAGUACAGAAGUGGCAUGUAUAUAUUCAUUCAGUGCCCCCAAAUUUCACCCUUUCAAUGGCAUCCAUUUUCCCUGACAUCAGGACCACAAGACGAGUACCUGAGUGUGCACAUUAGAACUCUUGGUGACUGGAGCUACCAAAUAUAUGCUCUAUUCCAAGAGGCAGUGUUGUCCAGGUUGCAAGGGUGUCCAAAACUGUACAUAGAUGGCCCUUAUGGUUCUGCUUCUCAAGACCAUGUAAAGUAUGACAUUCUAGUACUUAUUGGUCUUGGCAUAGGAGCUACACCUUUCAUUAGCAUCCUCAAAGAUGUUGCUAAUGGUGUCCAGACAUCACAACAAAGUAAUCAUAGUGGUCUCAGAGAAUGCAGCUCAACAAAAGGUUCACCAUCAAAAGCAUAUUUAUAUUGGGUUACAAGAGAACAAAACUCCUUUGAUUGGUUUAGAGAUGUAAUGAAGGAAAUAGCAAAUUCAACAAAACAGCAGUCGGUUGUGGAGAUGCAUAAUUUCCUGACUAGUGUAUAUCCUGAGGGAGAUGUUCGUUCGGCUUUGCUAAGUGUCAUUCAAGCUUUACAUCAUGCUAAGAAUGGCACUGACAUAGUUUCUAGGACUCCUAUUCACACACAUUUUGCUCGACCAAACUGGUCCAACAUAUUUUCCAGAUUGGCUCGCAAGCAUGUGGAAGCUAAGAUUGGAGUUUUUUAUUGUGGACCAUCUAACUUAGCAACAGAGUUGAAGAAUUUGUGCACCAAAUUUUCCACCAAAACCACAACUAGAUUUGUUUUCCACAAGGAAAAUUACUAAACAUUUUUGAAGGAUUGCAUCAAUUCCUCAAAUAGGAAAGCGUACCUUCAGAAUCUUGAGAAGUUACCUUUCUAUUUUGCCAGAGAAUCUGUAAAUAUAUAUGAGCGGUUUGGCAAUUGAAAAAUGGAAGAAUAUACAACUAUACAUCAAUAGAAGUCCUUCACAUUGAUCAUUGUAACUUGUAAUUUUGGGUGUAUAAUGCAUGCUACUUCGGUAUUUCGCGUACACCUGAGGCAGCAGAUCAAACUUUCAAAUGUAAAAAUGAUCAAUGAAUAAAUGUUACAAAGAUAAUUAUCAUGAUAUACAAUUAGGACAGGAAAACAUUAUGAGUAUCCUUUGCUAAAAGAUAUCUUGACAUAUAUAAUGUAUUCUUUUGUA